CUUUUCCCCCUGGAGGCAGAACAGAAGACGUACAAUGUAGCUACAGGAGUGCAUUGAAUUUCCAAUCUUUUGCCGCACUGCGAUCGAUCAUACGUGGCUCCCUCCUGUAGGUCCUACACCUACCAGGCAGGUACAGUAAAACUGUUGUACGUUGUACUGUGCCGAGGAAAAGAAGAAAAAAAAUAAAACAAUGACGACAAAGGUGGACCUGGCUGGAUCCAUGGGCCGUUGAAGUUUUGAGCUGUGGAGGGAUCUGUGCAUCGAUCGCAGCGUGGCGGUGAACGUACAAUUACUGUACCUAGGUACCAACGCAAAGGUCAUUUUCACGUUCUGUACAACAAUGUACAUUGUACAGUAGUAGAAAUUAAUCCGUGGCAAGGUUCCGCAGAAGAUCAAAGGUCAGCCUCACUGGCCGAAAUUAUCUAUCGGCGAUAACGAAUCAAUCUCCACCGAAGACGCAUAAAGUAGAAUGGAGAAGGUAGAUGUCAUCGAUUCGGCGGCGACCGAAAGUAUCAGCGUUCAUUAUAAAUCCACCAGGUGUUGGCUGGGUAGAAUCGAGUAGAAGGACAGAUAGUUAAAUACAAAGAUACCGCCGCCUCCUACUGCCACGCAUAGUAGUUGGACAAUAACGGAAAAUCUGCUCUCAUAUCGCAUAUCGCUGUCUUCUUCAAGACAACUGUAGCAUCUGGCUUGCCCUUGCUUUGCAGGACCUUUGGAAACAUCGAUUAGACUUUCAUUGGCUUUUUGACCAAAGCUCAACGCCAUGUCGACGGAUUACAAGUUCCAAGGUUGGCUGGGCCUUGACCCGGACUCGGUCAAUGGCAAGAUGGUGUGGAAGGAGUACGAGCCCAAGCCAUUCGAGGAGAACGAUGUCGACAUCAAGAUCACACACUGCGGAAUCUGCGGAUCUGACAUCCACACGUUGCGGUCGGGCUGGGCGCCAACGGACUAUCCGGUAUGCGUCGGCCACGAGAUCGUGGGCUAUGCGGUGCGCGUGGGAUCCAAGGUGAAGCACGUCAAGGUUGGCGACCGAGUCGGUGUGGGAGCGCAGUCCGGUGCUUGCAUGAACCAGCAUGGUGAUUGCGAGGCUUGCGCCGACGGGAACCAACAGCACUGCCCCAAGAUGGUCGGCACGUAUAACAGCCGAUGGCCGGACGGGAGCAAGGCGUACGGCGGGUAUGCCGACUACUGGCGCGGGAGUGGUGACUUUGUGAUAAAGAUCCCGGACGCCAUCCCGUCGGACGAGGCCGCGCCCAUGCUCUGCGGGGGGAUCACGGCCUUCAGUCCUCUGACACAGCAUGGCGCGGGACCGGGCAAGAAGGUCGGUAUCAUCGGGAUCGGUGGUCUGGGCCAUUUCGGCAUCAUGGGCGCAAAAGCUCUGGGCUGCGACAAAAUCGUCGCCAUCUCCCGGACAUCGUCUAAGAAGGAGGACGCCCUAAAGAUGGGAGCAACUGAUUUCAUCGCCACCGACGAGGAGGAGGAUUGGGCAACCAAACAUGCGGGAACUUUGGAUCUGAUCGUGUCGACAGUUUCAUCUCCCAAGAUGCCAUUCCAAAAGUAUCUCCAGCUGUUGAGGCUCAACGGCGUCUAUGUCCAGGUCGGAGCUCCCGAGGACGUCGUCCCUGGGUUCAAUAUGUUUGCCCUCAUCCUCAAGCGGGUCAAGGUCACUGGCAGCUUGAUCGGGUCUCCUGAGGAGAUCACGAAGAUGCUGGAGCUCUUUGCCGAAAAGGGCGUGCAUACCUGGAACAAUAAUGUUCCGAUGGCGGAUGCCAACAAGGCUGUCCUUGACAUGGUCGAUGGCAAGGCCAGGUAUCGCUAUGUCUUGGUCAAUGAGAAGCAUUUGCAGUGAGACAACGAUGUGAUGGGGCAUGGGUGUUGCUUCUGAGGUGAUGGCGGGCGUCGAUAUAGAGGGAUAGUAGGCUCAGAGGAAUUAGAAGGUCUCAGCACACAUGAAAUCCAUUGUCUCCCUGGCCUCUCCGCUGUGGCAGUCUGUACGUUAAGCCAGCUGCCAGGGAUGAUUGACAUAGAUCCGGCCUGUCGAGCAGUGCAAUAAUAGGUACCCAGUGUACGAUUGUUUCCUCCAAGUUUCAACGUGCCAACCAGGCGCCAGUAACGCAG